AUGCCACAAAACCAACCUGCACCAGUCACAGCCCCUGCACCGGCCCCUCCAGCGCCCGUGGUGGUCCCUCGUCGUCACAACAGUUCGGGUGUGCGUGCCAAGCCCACGGUUCACGUCAGGAGGCACAGUUCUCGCCUCGCAGCCAAAGACAUGGGCAAGUAUGUGGACAUGACUGACAAGGCCGUCAAGAAGAAGGCCCUUGAGAACGCCUGUCCUCGUGCUCUCCGGCUGUGCUGCCCGUCAAGCGCCGGGGUCUCCUGUCUAGAAACAAGCUCCCAAUUGGGAUUCCUGACCUCCGCAAACUGGCUUGCUAUGCUGGACUGGGUUCAACUGCGGCCGCCGUGGACGCAGUGUCGCCCAUCGCCUAUUGCCUCAGGAGCCCGUGGUGGCACACUCACUGCUUGGGACUGCAACUCACCGUCACUGGUAACAAGCUCAGUUUCCAAUAACUACUGCCUUUCCACAACCUUCUCCUCCAACUUGUCUGAACACUCGUUCUCGGUAACGAACGUCUAUGCCCCUUCAGACCAUAGAGAAUCAGCUGCUUUCCUAUCUCAGCUUGCUGAGCUCGCCCCCACUUUUACUGGUCCUUGGCUCCCCGGGGACUUCAACCUCAUUCGCUACUCGGCAGACAAAAACACACCGGUGUCCAACGCGUCGCUUAUCACUGCUUUCAAUGACACCAUCAAUGACAUGAGCCUCCUGGAGCUCCCCCUUGCUGGAUGCCGGUUCACCUGGUCCAACAAACGUGACACCCCAACUCUUGAUCGCCUUGAUAGAAUUUUCCACAACAUUCCCUUUGGCCAACUCUUCCCAUCAUCAAGCCUACAAGGGCUCACCAGGCCAACCUCAGAUCACGUCCCUAUUCUCGCCACUCUAUCCACUGAUAUUCCCAAAUCUAACCACUUUCGCUUUGAGAAUGCUUGGUUACUGCAUCCUGAUUUCCUUCAGUCCGUACUCCCGGCUUGGCACCAGGGCCAAACGUGCACUGAUGCAGCUGGAAAAACUCGCGCGUCGGCUAAAGUCAGUACGAGCUGCGGCAAAGAAGAUCGCCGCCUAUCUCCUGAUGAGCUGCAGAUUCGGUGCCAAAGCUACGAGAGACUCGCCCUGGAACUGAAGCAGCGUGCCGCGUACUGGAAGCAACGUGGCAAAUUUAGAGCAGUGCGUGAGGGGGACAGUAAUACUGCCUUCUUCCAUGCUCAUGCAACCACAAGAAUGCGCAGAAACAACAUCAAAAGCAUUACUGUAAAUGGUAUUCAGGUGACCAAUCACCCAGCCAAGGUCCAAGCACUAACUGAUCACUUCAGAAGCAUCAUGGGAAUACCAGGGAACACUGUUUGGCAUUUUGGCUGUGAUACUCUAUACCAGGACCUACCCAAAGCGGGUGAUGAACUCACGCUUCCAUUCACGGAACAAGAGGCUGCAGCUGCGGUCAGAAGUAUGAAUCGGUGUAGUGCACCUGGACCAGAUGGUUUCGGUCCUAGUUUCUACUCAGCAGCUUGGCAAACGGUGAAGGAGGAUGUAAUUCAAUUUCUGACAGCCUUUUAUGAAGAAAAUGUUCAACUGGAAAGGGUAAACAGAUCUCACAUGGUCUUGAUCCCAAAGAAGCCGGAUGCCAACACCGUUGACGCCUUCAGGCCGAUCUGCCUCCAAAAUUGUUGCGUAACGAUACUGUCCAAAAUUCUGACGACAAGGCUGCAGACCCAAAUCAGAAACAUUGUUGACCUCGAUCAGACAGGCUUCAUUAGAGGAAGAUCAAUCACCGAGAAUUUUGUUUAUGCGAUGGAAUUAGUACAGUGUGUUCACAAGCGCAGAGCCCCAACGCUGGUGAUCAAAUUGGAUUUUGCAAAGGCCUUUGACACGGUCAAUUGGGAUGCCCUGGACACGAUUAUGCAGGCUAGGGGGUUCAGCACGACCUUGAGAAGAUGGAUGCAGCAAAUUCUUCAGUCUUCCCGUUCAGCGAUACUAGUUAACGGAUGCCCAGGGCCGUGGAUCGGCGGCCGACGUGGGCUGCGUCAAGGAGAUCCAAUAUCACCAUACCUGUUCAUACUAGUGGCAGAUGUACUUCAAGUGCUUAUCAGAAAAUCGCAGCUCAUACGGCACCCAAUGGUGGAUACAGGCUACCCAGUGCUGCAAUGCGCAGAUGAUACACUUCUGCUGGUCAGAGGAGAACUGGCAGACGUCCAAACACUGAGAUUGCUACUUGAUCAGUUUGCCAGUGCAACCGGGCUGCAGAACAACUACAACAUGAGCACUGCAGUCCCUAUACAUAUGACUGAGGAGGCAGUACUGGACUGCGUAUCAGCGUUAGGAUGCCGCAGAGAGGGAUUUCUUCAAACAUAUCUUGGUCUACCGCUGUCGAACACUAAGCUCAGACUAAAUGCAUUUGCUCCACAAAUUGCAAAAUGUGAUAGGUACCUUGCAGUGGCUACAACACAACUGGCGCAAGUCUUGGGAAUUAUGGAGCAGCAUACACUUGCCGAAGGCAGAGAUCGCAGAUUGAGCAUGAUGAUCAAGAAGAAUGGAGACCUUAACAGUUCACUGCUAUACAAGGCCCUGAAAACUGCACACUCCAGUCCGGAUGCUUGGACAAAAUUCGUCUGGAAAAACAAAGCUCCACCACGUGUGAAGUUUUUUGCAUGGCUGCUAUCACAAGGAAGGAUACAAUGCAAAACAGUAUUGAGGACGAAAGGAGUGGUGGAGAACACAGUUUGUGAAGCCUGCCAAGCUGCCGAGGAGACACCUGCCCAUAUCAUCUUUGGAUGCUCAUAUGCCAAACAGUUCUGGGGAGCUGUCCGAAUUAAUACUGAAGCUGAUUGGCCUAUCCAAGCAACCAAAGACAUUGAACCGCCGAACCACAUACCAGCAAAGUACUUCACCACAUUCCUACUACUAUGCUGUUGGCAUAUAUGGAAGCGGAGGAACAACACAGUGUUUAGGACAGACAGAACAGCGCUAAGCUCUGCACUGGCUGCGUGCAAAGCUGAAGCCUAUUUGUGGGGUGCAAGACUGCCAAGAGAUGAGAGGCACAUUGCAACUGUCUGGUGUUCCAUACUAGCUGACGCAAUGUAA